UGUGUAAGUUUCAGUUGCUGGUAAAACGCACCGUUUGGUUCGGGAAAACGCGGAAACCCUAGCAAUAGCAUGAUGAGAGGAGGGGAAAGCUACGUGGGUUGUGCUCCGGCGUUCUCAAACGACGGGAAGCGUCUUCUGGUUUGCAGUGGCUGCACCGUCUCCAUCUUCAGCACUUCCACUGGCUUGCGCGUUUCCUCUUUGGAAGGCCACACUGCACCUGUCACCUCCCUCAUCGUCGUUCCCGCUUCCAAGAUUCUAUGCUAUUGUUGGACCUCUUCUCUCGAUGGAACCAUUCGCUACUGGGACUUCUCCGUUCCUGAAUCAAUCAAGAAACUUGAUCUUCAUUUGCCCAUUUUCUCCAUGGUGAUACCUUCAAUCUUAUCCCCUCCAGAAGAAAACAAUGCAAAGGCGCCUAAUAUUUUUGCUUAUGUGUCUGUUCAAGAUAGAAAUGCCCAGGACAACCGGCCCAAUCCUCUUUGUGGACAGAUCAGGAAGUGUAAUUUGAAAAACUAUCAGACGGUUAGCCACCUAAUUUUGAAAGAGACUAAACGACCAGAAUCUUUGACCAUUAGUCCCUCGGGAAAUUUUUUUGGCAUAAAAGACAAACGCAAACUUCAUAUAUGGAAAGUUCCUAAAACCGACUCUGACUCUACUGUGUCCAAGAAGAUUGUCCUGCAUCAUACAAAGACCUUUACAGUUCUUGCAUUCCAUCCAACAGAGAGAAUAGUGGCUGCAGGUGAUGUAACUGGAAGAAUUUUAAUUUGGAGAGGAUUUGGUACUCAGAAGUUUCUGGAUAGUAGUGGACUAGUGAACGGAAGAUCAAUGAACGAUGGGGAAGAUAAGGGUGGGGUAAGGGAAAAUGAUGACGCUGAAUCAUGCGUCACAUGGCAUUGGCACUCUGCUGGAGUGAGGCUUCUAUCUUUCUCUUCAGAUGGAGCCUACCUGUACUCAGGUGGGGAGGAAGGAGUUCUUGUGCUUUGGCAGUUCGACACCGGAAACAAGAAAUUUUUACCAAGAAUUGGAUCACCGCUUCUGUAUUUCAUAGAUUCUCCAGAUCCCUCACUUUCCUCGAUAUCUUGUACAGAUAAUCAAAUUCAUAUUUUAAAGACCCCUUCAAUGGAAAUAAUGAGGUCUAUAUCAGGGAUCAAGCCUCCUUUGUCAUGUCAAGAAAUAUGUGAAAUUCUUUCUAGCCGAGCUGCCUUUGACUGCACUUCUGGUUUAGUGGCUGUACCAACAGAGAACUAUGGCAUCCAGUUCUACAGCUUGUUUGCUAAUCGGGGACUUUAUGAGGUUCAAGUCUUUGAAAGAAACCAUCAACCAGUUGAUGAGGUCACGGUGGUAGUGACCUUGGUGGAGCUGUCUGUUGAUGGUUCUAUGAUGAGUACUGUUGAAGUCAAGCUUCCUGAAGAAGGAAUAGGAGGUCUUGUUUGUUUGAAAUUUUGGGAUUUAGAUUCAGAUAGCAAAAAAUUUUCAGUAUCCACCCUUAUUUAUGAACCUCACAGGGAUGCUCAUAUUUCUGCGGUUGCUUUUCAUCCAACCCGUCAUAUGGCUGUCAGCUCAUCUUAUGGUGGAGAUUUCAAGAUUUGGGUCUGCAAAGAAGAUAUUCAGCAGAAUGGCCAGAUGCUUCAGAAUUCUGGUUGGAUGUGCCAUGCUGUUGGGUCAUACAAAAAUAAAGCAAUGAGAGCUGCUGCUUUCUCAGCUGAUGGUUCCGUACUGGCAGUUGCAGCAGACACUGUUAUUACAUUGUGGGACCCUGAUAAGAAUGUGCUCAUGGCUGUAGUAGGAGAGACAACUACGCCAAUUGUGAACCUCGUCUUUGCUGGAAAGUCAGAGUAUCUUCUGUCUGUAUCUCGUGGUUCAAAACCGCAGCUUUCUGUUUGGAGUAUGUCAAAGCUAGCUGCAUCUUGGUCAUACAGAAUUCAAAUUGAAGCUGUCUCCUGUGCAAUGGAUUUAUCAUAUUUUGCUAUCCUUGCUCUCCUUCCUGGAUCAAAUGAACAUACAUUUAGAGGUGAUGGAAUGAUCUUAUUAUUCAACGUAACAGAUCCCAUUCCUGUGGCUUCCUGGUCUGUAACAAAGGCCAAGGGAGGAGGCCUUGCUUUUCUGAAAGGAGAUCCAUCUGAAGUAGCAGUUAUUGAUGGAAAACCAUCUCAGACACUUCUUGCAUAUAUAAAUGGAGAUCAUGAGUAUGUCCUCUUUGAUCCGUAUGGCAAAGAAGCCUGUGAGCUUAGUAUGACUACUCAGGAUGAUCUUCUUGCGCCUGAAGAAACAGGACAAUUUGGAUACACGACAAUUUAUGGAGAGUUACCCAAGAUUGAUUUGAAAAGGAACAAGGCUUCGUCAGUUCUCUCCUCUGCAUCAGAGAGGCCUUGGGAAACCAUAUUUAGUGGGUCAUCGCAUAUGUUGCCACCCCUCACCAAAUUGUGUUCAGAAUUUUUGGAGUCCCUACUGGAGAAAAGGACAGCCAUGGUAGAAUGACAUACUACAUACAUGGAACUCUGUUCAAGGGAUGAUAUUUGUUACUUUGAAACCAUUUCCUGUCAGCAGAGCUCAAGUGGCCAUAAGGAUUGGGCUUCAAGUUGAGGCAGUUCUAUUUCUAGUUCCCUCUGUGACUGGUGUAAACACUACCUACUAGCUGCUGCAGGUUGGUCUGACAUCAGCAAUUUUGUAUUUUGACAUAUGAUGGUAACUGUUUGUCAAGUUAGCUGAUGCAGGAAGAGAUUGGUCAACAAAAGAUUUCAGUUUUAAGGGGUUGGUCAGAUGGCUCAGUAUCCCUGAAAGAUCCGCCUCCCCCCAGAUUUAGCCUUGCUAAUUAUUUUUAGGUAUAUAUUCUUUAGUUAUCACUUCUUGGAUGAACAGGAAAUUUUUGACAGUGAUGAAUGUAGUUGAGUGAAAAGUUUUCAAAAUCAUGUUAUGGGAAAUAAGGUUGCAAUGUAGCAAUCUUGUAGGCUUGUAAGCAAUGGGAGAGUCUAUGCAGUAUACAAGUGAAUACUAUGGAAGCUACAGUUCAUAUGUAACAGUAUUGUGAAUCGUGAUCUUAAAUAUAUA